UUGCCAGAUUUUUUUUUUUUUUGCAUUGCACCGCCACCCCGUUUCUUGCUUGACUGCAGAGUUCUUUGUAGUCUCUAGCUACUGGUCAUCAGUGUAGCUUGGUCCGCAGACGUAAGAAGACACAUGAGGUUGUUGUAGGAGCGGGAAAAAAAUGGCGACGAACAUCUACGAAGCUAGCUAGCACAUUGAGGACUCAAAACAUUGUCUGAGGCGCCCCUUUUCUCUGUAUAAACGUGUUUCUCUCCUGUUUGUCAGUGAAUUUCUUGGAUCAAGAAUCUCACAGAGCCAGGGGAGAUGGAGGAAGAUUCCGGGCACCUCGACAAGUCUGACCAAAUGACCCAAGGUCAACCAGGCUCUCAACAAUCCGUGUCUCCAAGUCAGUCAUUCCAGUGUAACCAUUGUGUCCUCCUCUUCAAAUCAAAGUAUUUCCUCCUUGAACACAUGAAGAAGGUGCAUGGCGUUGAUGUGGAUCCUUCACAAAGUGAAGGGAGUUCUACUCCCUCCGAGAGUUCCACACCACCUCACAGUAGCACUCACUACAACAGUUCAAAAAAGGUUUUCUCUUGCCGGCAUUGUGUGUUUAUGUCUUCCAGUUGGACAGUUAUUAUCAAACAUGAAAAAACAUACCACAAGGUGCCGGUAAGGGGUCCUGGUAAGGGCGGGACCUUGAAAACACAGAAACGGUAUUUGAGGGGCAAGCGUCUCAAUGCCAAAGUGUCACUGCCAGGUAAGAAGAAUCACAAAAAUGUGUCAGCACGCCAACUCAAAAAAGGGGCCGUGGGGAGAGUGAAUUCCAAGUCUACCUUAAAAACCAUAAACAUUCCUAGCUCUAGUUUAUUGUUGAAGAACCUGCAAACUCAAGUGGGAUCCUCAGGAAAUUGUUCUAAAUUCAGAGUCGCACCUGGAAGUUCAGCGCAUGAAUCAUCUUUAAAUUCCUUGCAACUGAAGAUGUCCACCCUCCCAAGGCCAUCACGUGCGCGUGAUGUGACCGUCAUGUCAGAUGCGCCUUUCCAUAGCUAUGACCAAGACAAUGGUAAAGGUGUUUCUAAAGUAACUGACGAGAGAUUUAAUUCAGAAAGUGAACAGAUGGGCUCUCACUGCUGCUCGCUCUGCAACUUCUCUGCGACUUGGUUGGAAGAUCUUCACACUCACCAGCGAAGUAAGCACAGUUACCUUUUUUACAGCAUGGGGUCAAGUCUGCUGGACAAAACGGUGACAGAACAGCGGAAUCUCAAACCUGAAACGUAUAAUGGAAUGUCACUGACAGAGCCAUUAGCUAAAACCACCAAGAAGAGAACGCAUGAUGACACCCGUUUAAGUCCUGCAAAGAAAAAUAUCAAAACAAGCCCCGAAAGUACAGUCAUCCAAAGUAAGCUAUCAGGGGGCACUGCUUUCACCUUUGAGGUUAGCGAGGAUGAAGAGGAGGGAAAUGCCUGGGGAACUGAACUAGAUGCCUCAGGAAAUGAAAUGGAAGAUCAGUUGGCAAAUGGAGAAAGCGGGGACAACCCCAAAAAACUUUAUCGUUGCAAACACUGUGACUACAGUCACAAGUCAUCUCGUAGUGUGAGCACCCAUUACCAGAGAAUGCACCCUUACAUCAGGUAUGACUUUCAGUACAUCAUGAAUCCAGAUGAUUGGACUGCCACCUUCCGUUGCUUGGAGUGUCCUGUUGAUUUUGCCGCCCCUGAUGACCUUAAGCAGCACUAUAGGGAUCAUCACCCAGAAGCUCCAAAUGUGUUCAUGAUGCGAUCAGAUCAACUUGAUUUGGUGUACAAGUGCUUUGCCUGCCCAUUCACCAUUUCUAAUGGCAAGUACUUGAAACCCCAUUACAAAAACAAGCAUCCAAAACUGAAAAUGACCAAUCCCUUAAUGUACUGCAGUUUUACUACCAAACCCUCUGAACAUGAACCCUCUAAAUCACAAUAUUUAGGGCAAACCUCCAGCCUAAGGAAUGCAGAGGAUGUCUCUCCUGAGAGGUCUCCGACCCCACAUAAAGAAACUGUUGAUAUCACCCAUACACCCUCAAAAGCAUGUUCUGCUUCCAUGGGAGUGGAUGUGGAACUAUACCACUGCAAACAUUGUGUAUUCAGCAAUAAGUCAGUGGUUGUCAUGCUUGUCCACUACCAAAAAAGACAUCCGAAGGCAGGAUUGACAAUUGACAGCAUAAAACAAGCAUCUCUUGCCACUUCCAGGAAACCUAAGGAUGAAACACAGGUGUCUUCUGAAAAUAUGGUUUUGGAGCCAUUCAAACUCCCAGAAGUUAAGGCCCCCAACAUUUCCCUCUCCAGACCAGAUGUUGCACAGGAAGAUGCAGAGAACAUGUUUUUCUGCCAGCAUUGCAACUAUGGCAACCUCACAGUGAGGGGGGUGUUGAAUCACCAAAGGUCAAGACACCGUGAUCUCAAGGCUUCUGUUGAGCAGAUACACCUCCAUACUGCUGAGGUUCGUAGUCAAUGUAAAACAUCACAGGGCAUCGUAAUAGUCUCACCUAGCACUCCCCUCCAAAAUGAUGUUGCACAGGAAGACGUUUUAAAGCCAUUCAAACUUCCAGAAGUUAAGUCUCCGAACACAUCCCCUCCCAUAUCCAAUGCUUCACAGGCAGAUGUUGAGAGUCCAUAUUUCUGCCAGUUUUGUGACUAUUGCAACCCCACAGUGAGAGGCAUUAUGAAUCAUCAGAAGUUAAAACACAGUACUCGUAAGUCAACUGCUGAAAGUAUAAUCAAACAUACUGCUGUGAUUCGUAGCAGCUCCAAUGUGAGAGGGGUUUUGAAUCAUCAGAUGUCGUCUCAUAGUCAUCUCAAGGUGACUGCUGAUAAUGUCGUCAAACAUACUGCUGAGGUUCAUGGUCAAUGUGAAAAGCCUCAGUUUACUGGAUUUGACUCAUCUAACUCCUCUUUAAAAUCCACUGAUGAGAAUGAGGUAGCUGACUUGUUUUUUUGCCAGUACUGCAACUAUGGCAACCCCAGUGUUGCAGGGGUUUUGAAUCAUCAGAAAUUAAGACAUCGCUAUCUUCAGAUUUCCACUAAUCAGAUUCUUCAAUAUACAUCUGAGCUUCGUAGUCAGAAAUCUACAUCUCAGUCUGCUGGAUUUGGGGCCCCUAACUCCUCUCUCCUCAGAUCUGAUGUUGGGAAUGAGGCAGGUAACUUGUUUUUCUGCCAGUUUUGCAACUAUGGAGAUCCCUCAAUGAGCGGGAUUUUUAAUCAUCAGAAGAGAAGACACGGUGAACUCAAAACAACUCCUGAUGACAUCUUCAGGCAUACUGCUGAGGUUCGAGGGCAAAUGAAAACAUCAGAAGAGUCUAAAAGAGUCAACUCAACGAACUCUUCUCACAUCUUACCUCUUCCUCUUGUGACAGAAGAGGCUGUGUUAUUCUGUCAGCUUUGCAACUAUAGCAAUCCAACCAUGAGUGGGGUUAUGGAUCAUCAAAGGAAAAGACACCCUGAUCUUAAGGCAACUCAUAAACAAAUCCUUGAAUAUACUGCUGCUAUGAUUUUGGCCCAAUCUGGCAAAUCACCUCACUCAUCAUUCUUAACGUCUGAGGUUUUCCAAGAAGAAUUAGAGAAGUUCUUCUGCCAGUAUUGUGACUAUAGCAAUUCUACAGUAAGGGGGAUUUUGAAUCAUCAAAAUAAAAUGCAUGGUGAUCUUGACACAAACGCUGCGCAGAUCUUAAGGCAUACUGUUGUGGUUCAAGGGCAAACCAAACAAUCUCAGUCAAAAGCAGUCCACUCACCCAACUCUCCUCACAUCUUGUCUCGUCCUCUUUUGAAGGACGAGGUUGUAGACAUGUUUUUCUGUCAGCUUUGCAACUAUAGCAAUCCAACAGUGAUAGGGGUUUUGAAUCAUCAAAGGAAAAGACACCUUGAUAUGAAACUAACUGCUAAGCAAAUCCUUGAAUAUACUGCUACGGUUAUGGGCAAAUCCCAGCCAGUACGAGAAGACACCCUUAACUCAUCCCAAGAAGAAGAGGGGAAGUUGUUUUACUGCCAGCAUUGUGACUAUGACAAUCCCACAGUUAGGGGGGUUUUGAAUCAUCAGAAAUUAAGACAUAGUGAUCUGCCGGCUACUGCGGAUCAAGUUGUCCGGUAUACUACCAUUGUUCGUAGCCCCCCCAAAAAAUUAAUAACCCAACAACCUAAAAAGUCCUCCGUGAAAGUUUCACAAUCUCGCACGCAGAAAGCUGCACCGCUCAGGUCCUUAAAAUGCCGCAAAUGCGCUUAUAUAACUCCCCAUAUAUAUCUUUUGAAAAGGCAUCUGAGGAAUAACCACCAAGAGAAAGCCCCAAUCACAACGAUUAUGCGUUGGGCUUACCAAGAUGGCCAUUUACAAGCAGGUUAUCAUUGCGAGUGGUGUGUUUGUUCACACACUGAAGCGAAGGGACUCCUCCGGCACUACCGUCAACGUCAUCCAGAUAAAAAUACGGGACUUGAGUCCAUCAUCCUGAGGUUACAUGUUGGCCCUAAGACUCGAUCUAAAACAAUUAAGCCUAACACAGAGCGCAAUGUUAAACAUGAAAAUAUUACCCUCAGGUUUGGGGAAGUACCGAAGACCUCCCCAUCUUUUAAUUCCGGAGAAGGUGACACAAAAGUCUAUCCAUGCCGAGCAUGUUCUUUUAAGGCUACUUCAAUGGGGGGUAUUGGCAGCCACUACCGUGUAGUUCAUCCAUGGUCUGUCAAGGAAGAUGGAUCUGUGUUAGAUGUCAUUAGUAGUAGGCAGACCCAAGAGCCAGGGGUCCAUGAAGAGCAAGCUGUUCACGAAACCUCGAGGUCAAGCGAGACACAUAUGUGCCCUGUCUGUUCCGGAGAGUUCAACACCCUCCAUGGUAUGUUUACUCAUUGUGGAAAGAAACAUCCAGAAUAUGAUAUGAAGGUCCAUGAACAGCCUGAUGUUCAUGAAACCUCAAAGCCAAGCCAGCGAUGUAGGUGCCCUGUCUGUUCCGGAGAGUUCAACACCCUCCAUGGUAUGUUUACUCAUUGUGGAAAGAAACAUCCAGAAUAUGAUAUGAAGGUCCAUGAACAGCCUGAUGUUCAUGAAACCUCAAAGCCAAGCCAGCGAUGUAGGUGCCCUGUCUGUUCCGGAGAGUUCAACACCCUCCAUGGUAUGUUAACUCAUUGUGGAAAGAAACAUCCGGAAUAUGAUCCAUCAACUUGUGAAAAGGAACCUGAAUCUAGUACAGGUGAUGGGACUCUGGUAUUCAAGUGUUCAAUCUGUCCAUAUGUGAACUCUCGCUCUCAUGGUGUUCUAACUCACUGCCAGAUGAGGCAUCCAGCCACCAAAGCCAGAACUGAGAGACUUGAACAAGAAAUUGUACACUUCAGUGACCCAGAUGAAUGUGUGAAAGUCCGAUCGGGUAAGAGGAUAGGAUUGGCAGGCUUCCAGUGCAAUAUGUGUCCAGUCAUCCAUGCAAAAUUCAAGAAGUUGAAAGCUCACUAUGAGAUGGAUCACAAACGAUCUGCCUCCAAUAUGUUCAAACCGGCCUUGAAACAAUCCGCUGCCAUUAAAAAACAGCUGCUCUCCAAAUAUAGAGGCUCCCAGACCUCAAUUGCCCAAGCUGCCAUUUUAAAAAAUAGGAAAACCGUCAUAGUCAAGUGCCACCUUUGCAAGUACUUUUGCACCACUAAAAAGGGUCUUGCCCGCCAUCUUCGCAUUAACCACAGUACAGUGGCUCCAAUUGAGGACAAAGAGUUUUCCUACAAGUGUGCACUGUGCUCGUAUACGACUUUGAUUUGUAAGUACCUUGCAGCCCACUAUAGGAGGCAACAUGACAAUGCCGCUUUCAACAACCACUUUAUUCCAGCAUUCAGACCUCACCGCAUUCCUCCAACCUCACCACACCAUAAGGCUUCUUUGAGUCAGGAAACCAAAUCACCUGGUGAGAAGAGAAACUGUUCUCUCUGUUUUUUCCAAUGCCUUAGUGAAAAAGGCAUGGUCUCCCAUUAUGUGAUUUGCCAUCCAGGAGUCUCUCACAGCAUGCACAAAUCUAGCGAACUCCGACCGAUUAACACACUGCACUCUCCCCCCAAGCCGAGAAAUCGCCAAAGGCAACAGAAACCUGUCUGCAAGUUAUUUGAUCCACAAUGUGAGAAAGGCAGUGCAUUGCGUCCAGUUGAAUGCAAGAAAUGUGUGAAAUUAUUCUUCAAUUCAAAUCUCCUGCUAAGUAUCCACUACACCAAUUUCCACAACGAAGAUUUCAAACGGGACUUCACUAUACUUUCAAAGACUUCAGAGAUUGGCACAGAGUUCUACAGAUGUGGAUACUGUAACCUCCAAAUCCAGGGCAGUGCGGACCUCGGCUCCCAUCUCGACCAUCAUAAUGAAGAGUUUCAGACGCUGGAAAAUGGACAGAAGAGGAAACAACACCUUAGUGAGCCACCAAUAAAGACCAAGUCUGUUACGCAUGAAAGACAAGAACUGCCCGAUGUUCUGACGGCAGUGGAAUCGGACAGUCAUUGGAUUGUGACAAAGGUGGAAUCUGUUGCAACAGGGAUGGAUCCAAUGGGGUCCCCUUCCCCUGUCCCGUCGACAACAGAACCAGAGGGGGGGUCAGCAGGAGAGGAGUGCAAGCACUGCGGGCGAACUUUCAUGUCUUUGAAAGGUUUACGCUCACACGAGCGGAGCCAUGCAGCUACGGCAGCGCUCAAACGGCUGGACAACGUACCACAUCAACAGAAGCAGAUGUUUGACCGCCAUAUUAGACAUCGCCCCGGGACCAUCAAACCCUUCCAUUGUGGGCUCUGUCGGUACAGAACUACCAUCUUGAGCCUCUUGAAGAACCACCUGCUCAAAGUACAUGGUGCUGAGUACCCAUCUAAGAACCUUCCUUCCUCCGUGACCGGUAGCCAGGACAAGGAACACACCCUGAGGGCCAAUGAAGAGGCCCCUAACCUGCCAGAACCUCAGGAAGGCAAUCACAUGUCUGAUGAUUCUGAGGAAACAGACCUCACUGAAAAACCAGUGUACUUGGAGCCCCCAGAUGUCCAGCGGCAGCUCAACCACUACAGGCAGGUGGCUCAGGCCUCCAGACAUCCAGCCCAACAGGCCACCGCGACCACUCAAGAUGCCUUAUUCGUCUGUGAGUUUUGUAUCUACACCUCAACACACAUCAAGAGUAUGCGCCGGCACUACAUAAAUCGGCACAAUGGGAAAAGGCUGGUGAGGUGCAAGGACUGCUCCUUUUUCACGGGCUUCAGGAAGAAGUUGGAUAUGCACAUAGAGACGGCACAUGCCAGUAGCGCAACAGAAGCUCCUAAGGACCUACGCUGCCCUCUCUGUCUUUACCACACCAAAAACAAAAACUGCAUGAUCGACCACAUCCUCCUCCAUCGUGAGGAGCCGGUGGCCCCGAUAGAGGUGCGUCGUCCAAGGCUAUCGCGAUAUCUCCAAGGCCUCGUGUUCCGCUGCCACAAGUGCACCUUCACCAGUUCCAGUGACGAGAAGCUGCAUCUGCACAUGCUCAUUAAGCACGACGAUAUCAAGCCGUACAAAUGCAGACUGUGCUACUUUGACUUCACACAGCUGAGCGAGUUGGAGGCACACCUAUGCGAUAAGCACCAGGUCGUGAGGAACCAUGAGCUGGUGGGACAGGUCCAUCUGGAGGAACUGGAGACCCGACUGGGCAGAGUCAACCGAGAAAAGGAAAUGAAAUGUGACCAGGAAUUAGGAAAUGAAGAAGACAAAGAAGAAAUAAAUAAACAUGGUGAGAAACAAGGGCUGGAGGAAGAGGAAGAGAAUGCUGACAAGCUAAGAAACAAAGAGAAGGAAGAAACCAACCACAGAUAUAGUGAGAAGCAGCAGGUGCUGGAGGAGGGAGAGAACAUAGAGAAGCUAGGAAAAGAAGAAGAGAAAGACCAGGAAGAAACUAACAGAAGACUUAAAGAAACUCAAGGGCUUAAAGAAGGGGAUACCGUUGAGGAAAAAAGGUUGGAGAAAAAAGGGGAGAACAUUGCCCCCAAGAAAUAUGAAUUUCAAGGAUAUGAGAACAAAGGGAACGUAGAAGAAAAAUCCAUGGACUGUGAAGAGAACCAAGGGCAACAAGAUGAGGUGAACAAAGAUGGAGAUAAUGAGGUGUCAGAGAACAGUGCCCAAAGCAGUGAAUUCUAUGAGAGCCAUGAUUUUAGUUAUGAGGAGAACAAGGAGGAACAAUAUGAAGAAUGCCAUGGGGAACUCGAGCAUGAGGAUAAGGAGAUGGUAGAGGAACAAUUUAUGGACUUUGAGGAAGAGAACCGAGAACCUGGAGAGAUGGACAUAGGAGAACAAAACGACCAAUAUCAUGAGAUGCCAGUGCUUAAAAAUGAAGCCUGCAACUAUCAUGAAAUGCCAGUACUUGAAAAUGAAGAGGGCAAAGAGGAAACACACAGGAAUCCUAGUGAGAAACAGGAACAUGAGGAGGUGGUGGUGAAGAAUGACAGUCUGAAACCUGAGUGCAAUACGAAACAGGAGCAAGGGUCUGUAGAGGACCAAAAGUCUGAAGAAAACCCCAUGAGUGACGAUAAGCAAGAUCAUGAAAAUGGCAACACAUCUGCACCAAAAGAUGCCUCCGCUACCCUGAGGAUAAUUCCAUCGACCAGAAAUGAAAAUGCGCUUUCUUGCAAGCUCUGUGGCCGAACUCUCAUGAACAGCACUGACCUGGAACGACAUGUGAUGCGCCAUGGCUUGUAACUCAGUGUGUCGGUGCAACUGAUAAGGAUGUACUGACUUUGAGGGUGUUGCUGCUGAGAAAUGCUGAUUUUAACAGCAAGGAGAUUAUGUGAAUUUCAAUUGAAACUGUUGCAUAUGAUUUCCACCUGUAACUAGUCUUGACUGAGGAGACACUGCAACUAUUGUUGUAGGACAAAAGGACACAGUCUUAUCCCAGAAUGACAGCUGUUCACAUUUCCAACGAAUUAGUUUUGGUGCUUUCUUAAUAUUUUCAUCCUGUUGUCUUUUUAACAUUUUUGUAAUAAAUGACUAUCCUAGAA